AAAGAAAUAGAAAAAGGAGAGUGAAGAUUGAUCGAGAAACUGAAAGACGGCGAAGAAAAUAGGUGCGCUAGUUCCAAUCCGCGUUGCAAUUUUUUUUUGAGCGGUGGGAACUACUACAAUGGACCAUGCCGAGCUGACCACUGAGCAGGUUCUAAAGAGGGAUAUUCCAUGGGAGACGUACAUGAUGACGAGGCUGAUAAAAGGGACAGACCUUCAGCUAUUGAGGCGCUAUGACAACAAAGCUGAAAGUUAUAGAGUGCAAUUGCUAGAUGAUGAUGGUGUAGCAUACAUUCGGGUGUUUGUUAAUAUUCUGCGUGAUAUAUUCAAAGAAGAAAUUGUUGAAUAUGUUCUGGCUUUGAUAGAUGAAAUGCUAACAGCAAAUCCCAAAAGGGCCAGAUUGUUCCAUGACAAGUGUCUUGCAAAUGAGGAUACUUAUGAUCCCUUCAUUAGAGUGCUAUGGAAAGGUAAUUGGUUCAUUCAAGAAAAGAGCUGCAAGAUUCUUGCUUUGGUUGUAAGUGGUAAGCCAAAAAAUCAUGAAAGCAUUCUCGCAAAUGGAGGAGCCUCAAAUUCAAAUGGCAAAUUGACCGCCAUUGAUAAUAUGCUGAAAGGACUAGUUGAAUGGCUCUGUCUUCAGCUGAAGAAACCUUCGCAUCCCAGUCGUGCUGUUCCAUCUGCGGUCAGUUGCUUGGCAGUGUUACUUAAGGAACCUGUUGUCAGAUCUUCAUUUGUUCAGGCAGAUGGAAUCAAAUUGCUGAUUCCUUUAAUUUCUCCAGCAUCCAGCCAACAAUCAAUCCAGCUCCUUUAUGAGACCUGCCUCUGUAUCUGGUUGUUAUCUUUCUAUGAGCCUGCAAUUGAGUACCUGGCUACAUCUAGAACCUUACCGCGACUUGUGGAGGUUGUAAGGAGUUCAACAAAGGAGAAGGUUGUCCUUGUAGUUGUCUUGAAUUUUAGGAACUUGCUUUCCAAAGUCACUUUUGGUGCUCAGAUGGUAGACCUUGGUCUUCCACAAACAGUUCAAAAUCUGAAAACCCAAGCAUGGAGUGAUGAGGACCUAUUGGAGGCCCUCGACCAGCUUGAAGAAGGGCUCAAGGAUAACAUAAAGAAACUGAGCUCAUUUGAAAAGUUCAAGCAAGAGGUCCUUCUUGGUCAUCUAGAUUGGUCUCCCAUGCACAAAGAUCUUAUAUUCUGGCGUGAGAAUAUCAAUAGCUUUGAAGAGAAUGAUUCCAGGAUUCUGAGGGUGCUCAUCACUAUAUUGGACACGUCCAAUGACCUCUCACAAUUCAUCCAGUACCAUCCAGCAGGGCGGGUCAUUGUGACGGACCUGAAGGCAAAGGAAAGGGUCAUGAAACUGAUGAACCAUGAAAAUGCUGAGGUUACCAAGAAUGCCCUCCUCUGCAUCCAGAGGCUCUUCUUGGGAGCUAAAUAUGCAAGCUUUUUGCAGGUCUGA